GGCUGGAGCGCGCAGGCCCCGCGACCGAGCCGGGAGUCGCCUGCGCGCAUCGGUGUCCGCCGCGGGCGGCCGCUGAGGUGAGGGCCCGGCCGGGCUGCAGCAGGCGCGCCGUGGGCCGCGGGCCCUGGGCCACCCAGGCCGGAGCUCGGGGCGCCUCCGCGUCCCCGGCCGGCCCUUGCCUCUGCGCUGGCCCACGGUUAGCCCCGGCCGGCCCCGACGGCGCCGAGGCGACCUUGAAGCAGCCCCACCUCCCGGGCCUCCGCCGCGGGUGCCCGCCCCUCCCCGAGCCGGCGGGGCGGAAGGGAGGGGAAACUGAGGUCGGAGCCCAACUUGAGCUCCGCCCCCGCGGCCGCAAACUUGAAGGUCCCUCCGGGGGCCAGAGCUCGGGGCCCGCCGCGGUCGAGCCGGAAAGAGGAGGACUGACGGGGUGGACGGCGCUGGAGCACCUGGUCCCUGCCGCGUCGGAUGCCUUGAUUUGCUAAAAGUGAGCCCGGCGGGUCAGGUUGGGACCAGGGGCUUGAACCCAGGGCCUUGAGCUUGGUAACGUGUACACGUAGCCAGGUGCAGGAAUGUUCCUCCAUUUGCUAGAUAAAUGGAAAGGAGAAGACAGAGAGAGAAAGACCCCUACAACCCUGUUUGAUUAUGCGUGAAGCUUCCUCCUGAUUUUGUUCUGCAUCGUUUCCCUUAUUGUUGCUGCCGUGGGCUGCGGCGUGGGGGACACAGAGCCAUGUCGGACCUGCUCCUCCUGGGCCUGAUUGGGGCCCUGACUCUGCUGCUGCUCCUGACGCUGCUCGCCUUUGCUGGAUACUCGGGGCUGCUGGCCGGGGUGACAGUGAGUGCUGGCUCACCCCCCAUCCGCAAUGUCACAGUGGCCUACAAGUUCCACAUGGGACCCUACAGUGAGACUGGGCAGCUUUUCACUGAGAGCUGUAGUGUCUCCCCCAAGCUCCGCUCUAUUGCCAUCUACUAUGACAACCCACACACGGUGCCUCCCGAGAAGUGCCGCUGCGCAGUGGGCAGCAUUCUGAGUGAAGGCGAGGAACCUCCCUCUGCUGAGCUUGUCCAGUUCUAUCAGAAGUUUGGCUUCAAGGUGUUCUCCUUCCCAGCACCCAGCCAUGUGGUGACAGCCACUUUCCCCUACACCACCACCAUGUCCAUCUGGCUGGCUACCCGCCGUGUCCAUCCUGCUCUGGAUACGUACAUCAAGGAGCGGAAGCUGUGUGCCCACCCCCGACUGGAGAUUUACCAGCAAGACCAGAUCUAUUUCAUGUGCCCUCUGGCACGGCAAGGAGACUUCUAUGUUCCUGAAGCAAAGGAGGCAGAGAGGAAGAGCCGGGCACCUGCAGAGGCUAACGAUGCCCAGACGGAUGGCACGGGAGCUGACACCAUGAGUGACACAAGUUCCAUAAGCCUGGAGGUGGGUCCUGGCAGCCGAGAGACUUCAGCUGCCACACUGUCCCCUGGGGUGAGCAGCCGUGGCUGGGAUGACGGCGACACCCGCAGUGAGCACAGCUACAGCGAGUCAGGUGCCAGUGGCUCAUCCUUUGAGGAACUGGACCUGGAGGGUGAGGGACCCCUGGGGGAGCCAAGGCUGGGUCCUGAGGCUGAACCUUUGGGGGCUGCUAAGUGGCUGCGGGAGCCUAGUACCCCUGAGAAGGGUGAGGAGUAGCCCUUGGUCUACACCCUUCCAUGGUGCAGUCCUUAAGGAACUAGGCUGACUCUCCAGCCCUAUUCUUCCUCUACUUUCCUGGCCCAGCUUGGGGCCAGGGGCCUCGGGGGGGCACCUGACUUUGGCCACCCUGGACCUCUAGCUAUGCCUUCUCCUCACUGUCCGCUCAACUCCUUGGGACAAAGGAGCCAAGAAGAGUUUUCUGCACUCAGCCCCCAAGGCUGCCACCCCCGUUACGUCUUUUUUCAGAUUCACAUCAGAGCUUCCAAGACCCAGAAUAAAGCAAUUGAUUUUCUUGUUUCA